AUGGCUUUGCAAAGAGAACUAAGCAUUGCAUUGUAUGUAAUUGUUGCAAUUUCAUCUUUUGAUGCCUCUUUUGGUUUGCGAUAUACAGUAGGAGACGCUGUCUGGUCCAUCCCAAUAUCCGCUAAUUUUUACUCAAACUGGUCCUCUUCUAUUGUCUUCUACCUUGGUGAUUCUCUAGUUUUCGACUUUGAAUCAGAGCUUUCCAAUGUGAUACAAGUGCCAAAACAAGACUAUGAGAACUGCAUUACUCACAAUCCCUCAAAGAUCCUUACUGUAGGUCCAGCUAUUAUAGUAUUAAAUGAGGAAGGUGUAUUCUACUAUAUAUGCAACAUCUCCAACUACUGUGACCUAGGUCAAAAACUUACCAUUGUCGUCCACAAGCAUUCCAUAGAUUAUCCACCAACUCCGUCCCCAUCCCCGUCCCCGUUGCCGUUGCCGCCACCACAUGUACUGCCAUCUCUUGCCCCAGAACCAUCUCUAGGUAAUGGACAAGGGACUAAUAUGUCAGGAUCGCCAAUGGUACUUGAUACUACUAUAGCGCCAUCGCCGGUUAUGAAUGAUAAUUCUAAUGGAGUUUCCGGUGAAAAUAGAAUGAGAUCAUUAGGUGUAAUUAUAAUUUCUAGUGGACUGACAUUUCGUUUGGCUUUGUAA